GUCGUAACGUCACUCGAGCACCUUGAGCUAGUGUUGACAAGAUCAGUAUAAUUCAGUCCGAAUAACUGUUUAGAAGGUGUAGAAGAUUACACCAGCCAUGGAGAGCAAAUUGACAGGUGCUGAGAUUCGGAAUUUGUUUGUGGACUUCUUCAAGGAAAAAGAACAUCUCUAUGUUCACUCCUCAUCAGUUGUUCCUCUAGAUGACCCCACUCUUUUGUUUACCAAUGCUGGAAUGAACCAGUUUAAACCCAUCUUUCUGGAGAUUGUUGAUCCCAACAGUGACAUGGCUAAGUAUGUGCGUGCAGCCAACUCCCAGAAAUGUAUCAGGGCAGGGGGAAAGCACAAUGAUCUGGAUGAUGUCGGCAAAGAUGUCUACCAUCACACAUUCUUUGAAAUGUUGGGAAAUUGGUCCUUUGGAGAUUACUUCAAGACUGAGUGCUGUGCCUGGGCCUGGGAGUUCCUGACGGAGAGGGUGGGUCUACCAAAAGAGCGCCUCUAUGUCACUUACUUUGGUGGAAAUGAAAAGUUUAAUCUGAAACCUGAUGAUGAAACCAAGAACAUUUGGUUGAACUUGGGAGUUCCUGCAGAGCGAGUGCUGCCAUUUGGAAUGAAGGACAAUUUCUGGGAAAUGGGAGAGACAGGUCCUUGUGGUCCAUGCACAGAAAUUCAUUAUGACAAGGUUGGAGGUCGUGACGCGAAGGCCCUUGUAAAUAUGGAUGACCCAGAGGUCAUCGAAAUCUGGAAUCUUGUGUUCAUUCAGUUUAACAGGGAAUCUGAGACAGAAUUGAAUGAGUUGCCAAGGAAACACUGUGAUUGUGGAAUGGGACUCGAACGUCUUGUGUGUGUCAUGCAGGGAAAAACCUCAAACUACGAUACAGACCUAUUCUCACCAUACUUCGAAUUCAUACAAAAAGCAACAAAUUCCCAGCCAUACCAAGGGCGUGUUGGAAAAGAUGAUGUGGACGGAGUGGAUAUGGCUUACAGAGUGUUGGCGGACCAUGCUCGGACAUUGACUGUAGCUCUGGCUGAUGGGGGAAGGCCUGAUAAUAUGGGAAGAGGCUAUGUUUUGAGGAGAAUUCUGAGACGUGCUGUGAGGUAUGGCACUGAAAAACUUAAUGCAAAGCCAGGAAUGUUUGCCUCACUUGUGGAUGUGGUUGUGGAAUCCCUUGGAAAUGCUUUUCCAGAACUUAAGAAAGACCCAGAGAUGAUCAAAGACAUUAUCAACGAAGAGGAAGCCCAAUUCUUGAAGACAUUAACCAGAGGUAGAAGAUUGCUGGAAAGAACAAUAGGAAAGCUAGGAGACACAACUUCUCUACCAGGUGACAUUGCAUGGAGAUUGUAUGACACCUAUGGAUUUCCUGUUGACUUGACUGCUCUAAUGGCAGAAGAGAAAGGAUUGGCUGUUGACAUGCCAGCUUACGAGUCUGCAAAAAAAGAUGCCCAGGCUUUGUCACAGGGGACAGGGGGUACUGCUGCUGAUUUGAUUGGACUAGAUGUACAUGCUAUCAGUGACCUACAGAAUAGGGGGGUGCCCACCACAGAUGAUGCCCCCAAAUACAAAUACCAGGCCACUGAGAAUGGCAAAUAUUCAUUUGAACCAGCAACAGGCAAGGUGAUAGCCCUCCGGAGAAACAAGGAGUUUGUGGAGGAAGUGUCUUCUGGCCAGGAGUGUGGGGUGCUACUGGACAGGACCAGCUUCUAUGCGGAACAGGGGGGACAGAUAUAUGACACAGGCUUCUUGGUCAAGGAAAACGAUCCUGACGUUGAGUUCAGUGUCCGCAAUGUUCAGGUGAGAGCAGGGUAUGUGCUACACAUUGGAGUGAUGGAGGGAGUGCUCAGAACCGGAGAUAUCGUACAGCUCAACAUUGACGAGGAAAGAAGGUGUUCAGUUAUGAAAAACCAUACAGGAACCCACAUGCUGAACUUUGGACUUCGGGAAAUCCUGAAAGAGGCGGACCAGAGGGGGUCUCUGGUUGCUCCUGACAGGCUGAGGUUCGACUUCUCUGCCAAGGGAGCAAUGAAGGUCUCAGAGGUUAAACAAGUGGAAGAGAUAGUAAAUAAAAUGGCCGAGAAAAAUGGUGAGGUUUACGACAUGAACGUCAGUCUGGCUGUUGCCAAGGCGAUUCAGGGACUGCGUGCUGUGUUCGAUGAGGUGUACCCCGACCCUGUACGAGUGGUGUCUAUUGGGGUGGACGUCAAUCAGUUGGUGGAGGACCCCAUGGGACCUGGUGCCUCCACGACAUCAGUUGAAUUCUGUGGAGGAACGCAUUUGAAAAGAGCUGGACAUAUAGGGAAAAUGGUGAUUGUUUCUGAAGAAGCCAUUGCCAAGGGAAUUCGAAGAAUCAUUGCUCUCACAGGAACUGAAGCAGUUAAGGCACAGCAUAAAGUAGAUCUACUGGAGAAGUCAUUAUUACAGCUACAGAAAGAUGUCGACGAGGGCUUGAAAUCAAAAUCUGUCUCCGAAAAAGAGCUCACUCGGCAAAUUGUGUCCUAUGAUGACGAGGUGUCUCAAUCUUUAAUUUCUUACUGGAAAAAAGAUGAACUUCGAUCAAAAGUGAAAAAACUGAAACAGAAAAUGGAUGAGCUUGACAAAAACAGAAAAGCUGCUGUGAUGACAGAGGUUGUUGAAGAAGCAAAGAAAAUGAUUGAAGCAAGUCCGAACCAGAAAUUUGUAGUUCAUGAGUUCAAGGCAGAUGCCAAUGCAAAGGCUUUGGAUGCUGCGAUGAAGCAGUACAAGGCCCUCAGUCCAGAAACUGCUGCCCUCUUCUUCACAGUGGACCAGAGUGCAGGGAAAAUUGUGUGCAUGAGUUGUACACCAAAAUCUAGUAUAGCUGCUGGAUUAACCGCCAAUGGCUGGAUUAACGAGAUUGUCCCCUUAAUCAAGGGCAAAGGGGGAGGCAAGGAGGCCUCGGCCCAGGCCACAGGCACCAACACCGGGGCAUUGAAGGAGGCCAUGGACAUUGCCACCAAGUUUGCGGGCCUCAAACUCUCUUGAUGAUAAAGACUGACUAGGCAUUCAACUGUGACCCCAUAAAGCAUAUCUCAAAGACAACCCACAGAGAAUUCUUACAGUUUUGGUAUAUGUAAAGGCAGACCUCUCGACUUCUAAAUUGUUAGUGAUGCUGUAUGAUUGUGUAAAAAUAUCAGGUAUCACUGCAUUCCAUGCUUCAUUAGUGUGUCUGACUUAUUUAUUAUACUGUUUAAUAACACAUAUGUAUCUCUGAUAAAAACUUUUCAUACUCUCUUUACAUCAAUGUAUGUAUGUUUAAAGAAAAAUUAUAAAGAAAUCACCAAGUUUUCAUUGCAAUCAGGGAAAAGGUCUACAAAUAGCUUCUGUGUUACCAAGUGCUUAUAUAAGUUUAGUUUCAAUGUACUUUAUGUGAUACAAGUAUUAAAGUAAUUCAGUGAUGUAUGUAUGCUAAGGAUUAUGAACACAAAGGAAAUAAAACAAGUGAAGGAAAUGACA